GGAGGAGCGCUCCUCCAAACACGGAAGUGAGCCGUGACACAUUUAUCUCCCAGGAAGCAGCGGGCGGAGCCUGAGUGCCUGUAUGGACUCUGCAUCCCCAGUACUGCUGCACCCAGUCUUAUUUUAUCCGACAGCAUGGAGCAGUACAACAUUUUGAGAGUCGUCGGAGAGGGGUCGUUUGGCAGAGCUCUUUUAGUCUGUCAUGUAAACAGUGACCAAAAAUAUGUCAUGAAAGAAAUAAGACUUCCCAAGUCAUCACAUGCAGUGGAAGAUUCCAGGAAAGAAGCAGUCCUGUUGUCCAAAAUGAAGCAUCCGAACAUUGUCACAUUCCGGGAAUCAUUUGAAGGAGAUCUUUAUAUCGUAAUGGAAUAUUGCCAAGGAGGUGACUUAUUGCAGAAAAUCAAACUUCAAAGAGGAAGACUAUUUACUGAACAGACAAUACUACAGUGGUUUGUACAAAUUUGCCUGGCAGUGCAGCAUAUUCAUGAGAAGCGGGUUUUGCACAGAGACAUCAAGUCCAAGAAUAUUUUCCUUACCCAGAACUGUAACAUAAAGCUGGGGGACUUUGGAUCUGCACGGAUUCUUACCAGUCCAGGGGCUUACGCUUGCACAUAUGUUGGGACCCCUUAUUAUGUGCCUCCAGAAAUCUGGGAGAACAUGCCAUAUAACAACAAAAGUGACAUCUGGUCCUUGGGGUGUGUCUUAUAUGAGUUAUGCACUUUGAAACAUCCUUUCCAGGCAGGCAGCUGGAAAAAUCUAAUUCUCAAGAUUUGCCAAGGAUCCUACAAACCUCUACCAAUGCAAUAUUCCUAUGAAUUACGCAGUCUCAUCACCCAGAUGUUCCGGAAAACCCCCCGUAGCCGUCCUUCUGCCUCCACGAUUCUUUCCAGAUCAUCUCUGUCUAAGCUGAUCAGAACAGCCUCAUCUACAAAGAUUUCUAUUGACCAGUCUCCACAAUACCACAGUACUGAAAAUGCGGUUGCUCCACAUAUGCUCACUCCACAAGCCUUUGAAUCCAGAUAUGAAACAGAUCCCAGUUCUCCAGGAUUAGAAAGGAAGCAAUGGACAAAGGAGCCAUCACACACUGUCCUAAAUAAGUUAGAAAAUGCUUCUAUACUCACUGCAAGUAUAACAGCUGGAAACAGUUCAGAAACUGAUCCCAACUCCCUGGAGUUACAGAGAAAGCAGUGGAAGAAGGAGCCCUCGGACACUGUGCUUAAUAAGCUAGGGAAUGCCUCUAUCCUAACCUCAAGCAUAGCAGCUGGAAAGAGUUCGGACUGUCCCAGUAAUUAUGAUGUGAAUGAUCAAAGAAAGAAAUGGAAAAAAGAGUUUCCCGAGACACUAAUUAAUAUUCUACAGAAUGCCGACUUGAGCUCGGCCUUUGAAACGUACACAAUAUACAAAGCAAAAGCCCCCGGAGACUGUCUCAGAGGCCCCCUUGAUAGUGACUCCCAAGCCCCUGAUGUGACAGACAGCAUAGAAGCAGAGGUUGCUGUUGACACAGAGAGAUUUCAGUUGAGAUCUGAUGAUGAGGACACGGACUUUGAAGAAGAUGAUGCUGAUCCUGAUUGGAUAUCACAGCUGGAAAAAUGGACACACGCCCCAUAAUUGUAAAGAAAAUAAUGAAUAAACUAUAGCGGUUCUCAAAACGAACACCCUGGGCCAGAUGGCAAAUAUCCUACAGCCACUCUAUGCAGUGUGUUGUUAAAGGUAUAGCACUUAAAAAGGUCCGACCUUGAUAAUCAAGUAAUAGUUUUGCAUCAGGGGGUUUGUAAUUAGAAGGUACACUACAGACAUGAUUAAAACAGAUGUAGGCCAUUGCAAGGUAUAACCAAAUGCUCAUGUACUGUAUGACUGCAUCAUCAAUUUCAGCAGUGAAUAGCACUCGGUACAUAUUUAUUGUUAGAGAUACAGAGAUUGUUGUACAUCAAUGAGCAUAUUUAUUACACUUUUCUUUUACACUGCUACUCUGUGCAAAAAAAAAUUGUGAUGGAUGAGCGCAGUUUUUCUACACAGUGUUUAUAAUUGGCUGCUGCUUUUUAUACUGCAGUUGUGCUACAAUUAUGGGCAAAAUGAAUACGCAGCUUGAUAAAUACACCAUCAAGAACUGUAAGCUGUUAUUUGUAGUUGUAUUUUUUUACAGUAAACCUUUCAUUUGGAUUUUUUCA